AUGAGUAGCAAAAUUUGGGAGUUUUUCAUUCAAGAUGAUGUGGAGAGCUUUCAGCGGUUCCUCGCAAACGCAACGUUCGCGGGGCCGCGAGCUACAGGAUCCGGAGGCGCUUCCAUAGUUGCAACACCAGCCAAUCUGUCAUAUAAAGCUGGAAGCCCCGGGUCGAUAAUUCCCUCGUCCCCUAAUCCUCCAAAGCAAAAGAAGAACGCUGGCCCUUCAACCGGAACAUCGACACCCGAGCGGCCGGGCUUUCAGCGAGGAAACACGGUUUUGUCGCGCGCGGAUGUCAACGCUCGUGACCACUAUGGCAGGACUCUGUUACAUCACAUAGCUUCAUCGCCAAAGUCCACCUCCGCCAAGUUCGCUCGUGCGCUGCUUGAAAUUCCAUUUCUUGAUAUCUACGCGCAGGACUGGGAGAAUGGAUGGACGGCACUUCAUCGCGCUCUUUAUGCGGGCAAUGCUACAAUUGCCUUGGCGCUGAUGGAACGGGAUCAGCGUGAUGCAAAUGAUUUUAGCAAAGUGGAAAAAUCAGGACAGAUUGGAAGCUUGAUCAAAAUAAAGGAUCGGGAAGGUUACAGCCCGUUCGAUGUAUAUGGGGCGACCAUUACAUCUCGCGAUAUCAAACGAAUGACCUCGAGUCCAUGGAAAAACGAGUCUGCAUCUGAUCACGCCGGAGACGACGAUAGUAAUUCCAGCUUGGGGUCCAAUGAUGACGAUAAUGGCGAAGAUGAUGCCUACGUUUCUCGAAUUUCAUUGAAGUCCACGACGGAUUUCUCUGCCGAUGAAGUCUUUACACUCGGCAGCAACAAAAACUUAAAUCUUGGGCUUGGGGAUCAGGACGACCGUCAGUUUCCUGAGCGAGUCACACUGAAACGCCCCGAACAUCUUUUGGACCGAUUCUACCGGGAAUAUCAGGAGGAGAUGGGGAUUGGCCUUGAAGGCAAUGCGGACCCUGUUUUCUCAAAUGACUUGCCAACGCUUAUCAGAAACAAGCCGAUGAAAAUUCAGAACACCGUCAUGUCCAAGCUACAUACUGCAAUCAUCACAGACGACCCCGAAGCCAAUCUGUUCAUUUGUGGAUUCGGGCCGGGCGGUCGCUUGGGGACUGGUGAUGAAACAACAAGAUUCACAUUUUCGUGCAUCGAGACUGGUGGGCUGGCAGGAAAGAAGGUCAUGUCGGUUGCUCUCGGCCAAGACCAUACUCUGGCUAUCACCGAGUACGGCGAGAUCUUUAGCUGGGGAAGUAACAAGUUUAGUCAGCUAGGAUACGGCCUACCCAGAACCAACAACAAGAACGAUGUUCCGAUCCAAACGACGCCUCGCCAGAUUUUCAACCCGUUCAAGAAGGAAACAAUCAUUGGCGCAGCCGCAUCUUCGAUUCACUCGGUGGUCUUCAGCAACUCCGGACUCUAUACGUUUGGCAAAAACGAGGGCCAACUCGGAUUAGUGGAUUCGGAUGCGCGAUCUCUUGAAAUUCAAACGACCCCUCGGCGAGUUGGUGCGUCGCUUUUCAAUUCCCCGAUUCAGAUGGUAUCUGCCAUUGAUCAGGCCACUGCCGUACUUUUGCAAAAUCACGAUGUUUGGGUGUUUUCGCAAUAUGGGUACUCGAAGUUAUCGUUCCCACUGGAGGCUACUUCGAGGUUUAUCCGUGACAGCUUUAUGGCGACGAGAUACGACGCCUCGGUGAAUCACAUAAUCAAGCUUACAAGUGGUGGAAACACUAUCUGCGCGCUUUCUAGCUCCGGUGAUGUCUUUACUGUUCAAGUUAACAAGCCUGAGAAUCCAUCAAUACCGACUUCGACAACAAAUCCCGUCAAAAUUCGCAACUCUUUGGCCCCACCCGUAAGAGCUUGGUCUGCCAAACAGUCACAUAUGGCUGCUAGCGAUGUGGAUGUGGGUCAAGACGGAUCCAUAAUUAUUUGCACUACAUCGGGAUCUGCCUGGAGAAAAGAGAAACGGACCAAGAAGAAGGAAGGGGCCUUUAAAGACUACAAAUUCGCCCGCAUACCGGGUUUGUCAAGGGCAGUGGCUGUGCGCAGCAAUGCCUUUGGGGCUUAUGCUGUUGCGCAACGCGAUUACAACGUGACCAAAGAACAGGUCCACAUCGCUAAAAGCACCUUUGUGGAUGACCUCUUACCCCUCUCGCCAUUUGGGCUUCCUGCUCCAGACGAUGUAGAGACAAUGUUCGAUGUAGCCGACUGGGUUGAGACGGGGGAGUUGUCUUGUGCAGUAGCUAUCAAAAGGGCCAUCUUAUCAUCUGCGGAUAUGGAGUCCCAAUAUCUCUCCAUGCGCACCGAGGGGACAGUUUGGAUCACUAGCUCGCUGUCCGAUGCACGGAUUCCAGUGCAUGAGUUCUUGCUGAAGGGUCGCAGCCCGAUCCUGAGGAAGGCGCUCCAGGAAUUUCGGGCGUCAUAUUACUCCUCCGUUCCUGAUGUCCUGGAUGUCGAGUACGGAAAAGACGGCCACAUGCAAAUUCAACUCCAUGGAGUUGAUUUUCUCUCUGUUUUGAAUCUUGCUUUCUUUCUUUACACAGACAACGUCCUCGAUGUUUGGCAUAAAGCGAAGGUUUCACCUGAAGCUGCCAUCCGCUAUCGUCAAGUACGCUCAGAGGUAAUGCGGAUUGCUCUUCAGCUUGGCCUUCCUACACUUGAACGUGCCGCAAGAAUAAUGCUAGACCCCGAGCCAAGCUUGCGGCAGGAUAUGGCUCUUGCCAUCAACGAGAGUUCAUUCUUUGAUGAUGCCGAUGUAGUGGUUCAGCUUAAUAACGGCGACACUGUUAAGGUCCAUAGUCAGGUGAUGUGUCAGAGGUGUCCAUUCUUUGAUGCACUAUUUCAUGGCCAUUCUGGUGGCCGAUGGAUUGCUUCGCGGAAGGCGGACCGCUCGGGGCCCGUUCAUGUUGACCUCAAACAUAUUGACCGGUCGACCUUUCUAUUUGUUCUACGGUACAUGUAUGCAGAUACUGAGGAGCAGUUGUUCCAUGAAGUGCGAACCAAGACUCUCGAUGAUCUUAUCGACUUACUUCUCGAUGUGACCUACGUGGCGAAUGAGUUGAUGAUUGACAGACUAUCGCAAAUUUGUCAAAAGAUGCUUGGUCAAUUUGUCAACACACGCAACAUCACGUAUCUUCUCAACUCAGUAGCUCCUAUCUAUAAGAGGGAGUUCAAAAAGGCAGCUCUUGAACAUGUCUGUCUUGACCUUGAGACCAUGCUUACGAAUAGAUAUCUCGAUGGCCUUGAUGAUGAUCUCCUCACUGAACUCGACAAAAUCUGUCAAGAGAACCAGCUAGCUUGCUAUCCCAUCUCUCGUGGACGCAACACAGAAGCAUAUGUGUUCGAGAAAUACCCAGAGAUUGUCAGCUCGAUCAAAUUGGACCAGCAGCGACGAAUUGACGCGAUGGCGUUGCAAUCCCGCCUUAGCCAAGUCGAGUCUUAUGAUGUUCGAUCUCGAGGCAAUGAAAAAUCCAAUGCACCGCUGUCUACUCGCAAAUCAAGGGCUUCUAGAGAGGUCACAAGUCCUAUCACUAGCCCAAUGCUGAAGCCGCAACAGUCAACGGGAGACCUAAUGUUCCAGAUGGAUGAUGAGGCUGCUUUGUCCCCAUCCGCUGGUAAGGGCAAAGCAGCCAUGCGUGGAAUGAGAUUCAGUGACGAAGGGGGCCGGUCUUACCCCAAUUCCCCGGCAUUGGGGGCAAGCGCUCCGGAAGAUGAGUCGCUGGGAGACCGAAGCUUCUUGGAUCAACAAAUGUCUUCUUCGCGUGGUCCAUCGCUUGCCGACUCCCCAACUGAAUCUCGAGCAAUUGCCAUGCACCAAAAGCGAGCAUUGGCAUCGCCGCCUAACGCCUCUACAGCACCGUGGAGCUCUCCUGUUAUUUCAGAUAGCAAAAGAGAUCUCCAAGACAUUAUGGGCGAGGCAUCACAGUCUCGGGUGUCGAAUCUCACACUUGGCAUGACAGAUAGGAGAGAAAGCAGCGGAAACUUCACGCCGAAGAUAUCUCAGAAGGAACGGAAGAAGAUGCAGCAGCAACAAAUGCAGGAAAAACUGGCGGCUCAGCAAAAGGCCAAGGAUGCUCCAUCGAAUCCAUGGCAGUUGCCGACACCAAUUUCUUCGAGCAUACCAAGCAAGUCUGACCCCCUGCCAGGCCAGGCCAGUACAUCGGCGCCUGGGCUUGUCAAGACGCCCCAAAAGCCCUCCAUGACUCUCCGGCAAACUGUUGCUGGUACACCACCUCGGUCCCAGCCAAUGGCUACUCCGACCCAGACACAGAGUCGUAAAUUGUCAGCCAAUAUCCCACAAUCCCCUUUCUCAAAUUCUUCACCCUCCGGUCCUUCCACUCCAUCACAUCAAGCCAUGCACAAACCAUCACCUCAACCUAGCAUCCAAUCCAUCCGCCACAUCCCACGCGCGGAUGUCAAUCAUCGCUCCCCAUCUUACGGGUCAUUCUCUAUAGCAGCUAUCCUGGAGCAACAGCAGGCCGAAAAAGACGAGAUUCGGGAAGCAGCUACAGCUAAGCACAACAUACAAGAUAUCCAGGCUGAGCAACAGUUCCAGCAGUGGUGGGAUCAAGAAAGCAAGCGUGUGCAAGGUCUUCUUGAGCCCGAACCCCAGCAGGGCGGCAAAGCUGGUCGUGGCGGUAGAAUUUCCGGUGCAUCUGGAAGCUCACGGAAGCGUCGUGGAAAGGGCAAAAAUCCUGAUGCUACCGACUCUCGGAGUCAGAAGCAGCAACCUACUUCUCCUGCUUCGGGUCAGGCUGCACCUAAAAAUAAUCUAAAUGGCCCUGCCUCGCCAGCACCUCAGUCAAAUGGAACUGGACAUCACGUUGCUACUGGCGGACAGGGCAAAAAUGCUCGCCGUGGAGGCCACGCAAACCGGAGUAAAGGACGGGAUCGUGGAUAG